GAAUUGCAAUUUCAAAACAACACAACAAAGGUGUUACUGUGACAAACAUGAAGAAGGCGCUGACCUCAGCAUGUGAGUGAUUUCUGGACGGCGAGCAGAUAAAGAUCGAUCAGAGAGGAAACAGUUUGACACGAGAAGCUGCAGAAAACAGAAGGAGUUCAGACACAGUGACGAGUCCUUCAGAAGACGGCAGCAGCCAACAUGAAUACCUCGUCCCUCCUGUCCUCCAUCGCCCUCUGUGUCAUCACAUCUAACGCCACCCACCUCCCUCUGCCACACACCGAGCCGCCGCUAAUCCGCGACCACCCCUUCGUGGUCAUAUGGAACGCCCCGACCAGCAUGUGCCAACGACUGGAGAUCCCUCUGGACACCGCGGCCUUCCAGGCGGUGACCACGCCCAAUCUGGUGCCCGGUCAAUUCCUCACCCUGUACUACGAGAACCUCCUCGGCCUCUACCCUAAAGUCGACAUCAAGAAACACAAGCAGUACGAAGGCGGAGUCCCUCAGAACGGGAACAUCACGGAGCAUCUCCUCAAGGCCAAGGGUCAAAUCGAUCGCUCCAUCUCCCAGGAUAACGCUCCGGGGCUGGCGGUCAUCGACUGGGAGGCCUGGCGCCCCCUGUGGGACCAGAACUGGGGAUCCAAAAGAAUUUAUAAGAACCUGUCCAUCAAUAAAGCCAUGCAGAUCUUCCCGUUUUUGUCCUCGGAUAAAAUAUCAAAGUUUGCAAAGAAACAAUUCCAACUGGCAGGGCGUCGCUUCAUGGAGGAGACCAUCGAACUCGGGAUAACGGAGCGUCCGAGCCGCCGCUGGGGCUUCUACCUGCUACCAGACUGCUUCAACUACGACUGGGAGAAGAAAGACUACACGGGGAAGUGCCCCAAGAAGAUCCAGAACCAGAACGACCAGCUGAUGUGGCUGUGGAAAAGGAGCACCGCCCUCUUCCCCUCCAUCUACCUGCGUAAGUCCAUGAGGAACUCCCCCAAAGCCGCGCUGUUCGUCCGUAACCGUGUCCACGAGGCGCUGAGGGUCGCCGCGCUGCCGAAGCGUCCUUACACGGUGCCGAUCUACGUCUACUCCAGACCUCUGUACCGGGACCAAACUGAGAUCUUCCAGAGCAAGACCGACUUGUUGAGCACCAUUGGAGAGUCUGCAGCUGUGGGAGCUUCUGGGGUCAUAAUGUGGGGAGGAACCAGAGACUACAACAGCAAGGCUUCCUGUGCGUCUCUGUCUGAAUACCUGACCUCCACCUUCAACCCGUACGUCGCCAAUGUGACGGCGGCUGCCAAGCUGUGCAGCGAGGUGCUGUGCCAGGGGAACGGUCGCUGCGUCAGGAAGAACUACGAAUGCAGCCACUACCUCCACCUGAACCCCGACCACUUCAGCAUCCUGCAGGCCGACACGAAGUACGUCGCAGUCGGCAUUCCCUCCGCCGACGACCUGAAGGUGUGGGAGGAACACUUCACCUGUCAGUGCUACGCCAGGGAGAGUUGCACCCCCAAACUGGUGAUUCCCACCAAGAUCAAGCAAAUCUGGGUUUAAUCAGUUCAAUGUUUUCAGGAUAAGACCUCCUGCUGAUCCACAGAGUUCAUUACGUUGUCAUUUAAUGUUUAAUGUUGUCUUUAAUUUAAUUAAAUGAUCUACAUUUGAUCAUCAGCAAUGUAUUGACUUUGUUUGGCUUUCCCAGUUCAGACACAUUUGUGAUUUACUGGAAUUGAAUAAACAAAAUGCAACCAAAUAAAUGAUUGUCUGAAAUCUA